UGGCGACAGACUAAACGAGACUAUCAAGAGGAGGGAGAAGAUGAGAGAGAAAUUUCGCUUUUUUUUCAUCAGAAACGGAAGAAGAAAUAAAUCAGAUUGUCAUGUUUGAGGGUGACAGAUAUAGAAUAAAGAUUUCGUUUUUGUACGUGCUAUGCGUUUCUUGUGUGAUGCUGCACCGGUGCUGGAGGUGUCAGUAGGAUUUCGUAACAUGUUACAAUUUUGGGUGUAUAGGGAAUAUUAUGCCGGACGUUAUCUAUUUGCAAUGGAUCAUUGUAAAAAUUAGACGCCAGGGUUUGGAGCUGGAUUGAUUUCUUGACACAACAACUUGGGGAAAAUGCUUCCCAUCACCAUGUUGCAAACGAGGUAGGUGACAUUGUUUGGGGGAUAGCCUAUAUUGCAGAGGUGAAAAACCCAUCUGAGAUCGCUUUUGUCUCCCCCCUAAAAUAUGAUCAGGGGUGCUUGGACGUUUCGAAGGGAAGAUGACGCCGUGUUAAAAAUCUGUUGUGCACCCAAACAAAACGACAAACCCUGUGCCGAUUCCGAGAGGGUACAGAAAUGGCGAAUGUCUUUGGCAUCCCUAUUAUUUUUCACUGUCCUUCUCUCUGAUCACCUCUGGCUGUGUGCUGGAGUUAAACUGAGGUCCAAGGAUAGGAGCAACCGCAAAAUCUGGAAUAACGCGACUGACGGGGUCCACCCGGCUCUAAAUGAGGAGACAUUUGGUAUUUUUCUAAGCAAUUUCACCAAAUCCGCUGCUCCAGGUCCUCAUUGCACUGAUUCUCAAAGCCACCACACACACCUGGAGUCAGCCUGCACCACAUUGUAUCGGCAAAAAACUGGCUUUGGGUCCUCUUUCUCAACUCCAUCAACGUUCUCGUCACAGAUGUUACUUGAUUAUUUUAGGAAUUUCAGCCUUUCUUUUUGUGAUUCUUACACCAUCUCCGACUUACUAUUGGGGAUGUCAAGCCCAGACAGUUUGAAUUGCAGUCUUCAGAACAUGGUUUUGGAUUUGUUUAGAGGCGGUGGGGAUAACGAGGAUGUCUGCAGCAUCUGUAUCCAGGCGUACAUGCGGCUGGACCAACACGCUCAGGAAAAAUAUGAGGAGUUUGACUUCUUCUUUCUCAAGUAUUUAUCGGAGGAUUAUUCCGUCCGAUCCCACACAGAAGACUGUAAGUCAGUCUACAAAGCCUGGUUAUGCUCAGAAUACUUCAACGCCACCCAGAGCCAGUGUCACCACAGGAUUCCCUGCAAGCAAUAUUGUCUGGAGGUCCAGACCAUGUGCCCCUUUGUGUUACCAGACAAUGAUGACUUGGUCUACGGAGGACUAUCCAGUUUCAUCUGUACAGGGCUACUAGAAAACCAUUUAACCAAUGCAGACCCAGAGUGUUGUGAUGUCAGAUGGAGUGGCUGCGACCCCUCUGUGGGGGCGGCGUGUGCCCUGACCCAGCUUCCAGCGUCAUCGUCGUGGCAGCGGCACAGCUCCCCGCCCAUGUCAGCUGCAUCGCGGUUGUGCAGCAGCAGACUAAGACUGUGUGUUCUGGUCCUCAUCCUGCUGCACACUGUCGUCUCCUUCUCCACCAUCCAGAGCAGUGGCGCUGUGGGCCUGGAGGCCAUGGUACCCCUGCCCCUGGAGGAGAGCUCUGCCCGAGAGGAGUGACUGAUUAUGAACAAGAGGUUCUACUGUUCCCUGCCUCCAGUCUACAGAGACCCCCUUCCUUCACAGUACCUGAGGAGUGAGGCGUUUAUAACCCUCUCUCUCCAUCCAGUCCCGUCCACAGGACAUCAGGAAUGAGGAGGUUAUACACCGCUCCAGGGUAGGCUACAGGUCGGUAUACCUCCUCACCCUCCACCACACUGGAGGAGUGGAGAAGCACGGGCAAUCCCCUACCUCGACACAGAGAGGUAUGGAGGUAGAUGAAGCUUUGAAACUGAGAACCAGACAUGUAAGGAGGACAUGAAAGGGCAUAGGGAAAGAGAGGCGGGUCUCCCAUCAUGCCGGAGCCCAGAGGAAGGGUCGAUUUUAUAACUGAAAGAGGUACUGUAUGCUGUUUCUGAGAAGGGUUUGGGUACAAAUGGCCUUUUUCAGAUUUUAUCACUACUCUAUUUAAUGAGUUAUGUGAUGGUUUUGGGGAUUUACGUACGAGGUUGGGUGUUGAGUUUAUGUGAACUGCACAGUGGGGAAAAGUAGGAGUUGCAAGCUCAUAUGCUAUUUUUUUGUAUUAUUAUUUUGGAUCAGGUGUGUGUGUGUGUGUGUGUGUGUGUGUGUGUGUGUGUGUGUGUGUGUGUGUGUGUGUGUGUGUGAAUACAGUGUACAAGUCAGCAAUAUAAUGUAUAUGACCCAACACAAAUCAGAUGAUCGUUACAUCUUCCAAGCUAACAGUAUACGCACAAGAAAUACUUUGUUUGGCUUAGAGUAAAUAUUAUUCUUAUUCUCAGUAUUACUACCCUCAUUAUCAUACACCAAGUAGAAUUAGUUCAUGCAAGUAUUGUAUUACAGAACCUAAUCGAAGGUAAACCAUGUUGUUUUUUAUAGAUGUCAGAAGUACACUACUAAUGCUUUGGAGGAACAUGUGUUUAUGCAAAGCUGAUUGAAACAAGUUGAAACCCCCACUGGGUCUCUAAUCGCUUACAGAAGGCACAUGAUUGUGCCAUGGAAGACUGUCUGGAUUAUAACUACACCAAUCCUUUCUUACUCAUAAAACAGACAAUUUACCACAUAUUACAUAUAACAAAAACCCAAAGUGCUAAUCGGAGCAGAACGUUAUCAUGGCUGAAUGUUUAAGAAAUGUUCAAGAUGUGAAUGCAUCGCGUCAUCAAAAAACUAUUCCUGCCACAGUAGAGAUUUAGGGCGUGUCUAUGCCCUCUAUGUCUCCUUGUGUGUUCAUUACAUUCAUGGAGAAAUACAGUGAUGACAUUAUUUGGAAAGCACCAAAAAGUUAUAAAUAUACUUCUAAAUAUCAGAGAUAUAGAAAAAGAUCCACCUUGAUUUAUUCAUAGGCCAUCUGUUGGCAAAAGGUGGUAUUGUUAUGUGUGAAGACAAGCUAGAACAUGAUUAUAUAAAUGGUUCUCAUGUGUUUCUGGUUUCUUGGAUUUAAUUCUUCUGACCUCUCUUUUCCUGGCAUAAUUUGUGUAUUAUUCUUAAAAAUAGUUGGUUAAAUUUAGGCUUGUCUUUGGGAAGCUGAAAUAAAAUAACUGUCUUCCAAUGUGACAAAUUGAUUCACAAAUAGGAAUUGUGUCAGAUAUAUUAAUAUUAUAUAAUUUUUUAUCUUACAAAGUAUCCCUGGGUUCACCUCCCAAACACAUACUGUAUGUGACCUUGGUCUACCACAAUACAGGCAUAUUGUUUAUGUCCUAACAAAACUAUCUUAACUAUUUUACUAUUGAAAAACGAUAUCAUAGCACAGGUUUUUACAGAGUAUAGUAUACAGUAUGUAUAUGAAUUUAACUUGGAUUUGGAUAUCUGAGCAUUUAAAUAAUAUAAACAAAUCAGAGAUAUAUGAGAUGCAUGAGAUUCAGAUUAUUUAUUUAUCUAAAAUGAAAUAUAUUAUAAACAGGGUGGUUCGAGCCCUGAAUGCUGAUUGUCUGAA